AUGGUGGGAUCUUUGAAUAUAAGAGGGGGUGGUAGUAGAAUCAAAAGAAGGGGGGUUAGUCAUAUUAUCAAAAAAGGGAAGGCAGACAUUUUCCUUAUUCAAGAAACAAAAUUACCUUUGGUGUCUCAUUCCGUUGCUAAGAGUUUUUGGGGGUCAGAGGGGUUUGAUUUCUCGUUAUCUAGCUCCGAAGGCAUGUUGGGAGGUUUGUUGAUUAUUUGGAAAUCUUUUGGUAUGGAGGUGCUUUGUAGCUUUAAAGUUUUUAAGAGAGAGUUGUGGAGGAAUUUAUUGAGAUUGAAAUCUUCUCUUACAGAUGGAGAUUGGUUGAUUGGCGGAGAUUUUAAUGCAGUGAAGGAUCGAGAAGAGAGAGUUAGUAGAACGAUUUCUAGUAACAAUAUAGAAAAUUGGGAGUUCUCUAAGUUUAUAGACGAUAGUAUGCUUGUUGACGUUCCUUUGAAAGGGAAUAAUUCUCUUGGUUUGUUGGAAAUGGGAAGAGAUAUUUUGGAUCAUUGUCCAAUUUGGUUGGUUUUGGAUCGGGAUAAUUCGGGACCGAAACCUUUCAAAUGCAACAAUGAGUGGUUUUCUAACAAGGAUUUUAUUCCUUUUGUUGAAAAGGAAUGGAAAGCUAUUCAAGUUUAUGGCCGUGGUGAUUUUAUCCUCGAGGAGAAAUUUCGUAUUAUUAAAGAGAGACUUAGAUGGUGGAAUAGCUCGGUUUUUGGUAAACUUGAUCUUGAGAUAGAAGAAAGUGUAAGAGUGAUGAAUAUUGAGGUUCAUGAAGAAGAUGGAGGGCUUGAGGAGUUGACUUCUUAUAAGAUGGCUUGUGGUAAUUUUUGGUUGAAUCUCAAAAUAAAGGAGAACAUGCUCAUUCAAAAAUCGAGGAUUAAAUGGAUUAACGAUGGAGGUUCCAAUAAUAGAUACUUCCAUAGCAUUAUGAAGGAGAGGAGGAGGAGGAAUCACAUAGGUCCGCUUAACUCGGAUAGAGGUGUCUUGGUUUCGGUAGAGGAUGUGAAGGAGGAGGUCCGAAACUUUUUUGGUUUGAAAUUUGACGAAUCAGAGGUUUCUAGAUCGGUGUUGGAUGGAGUUUUGUUUGAUAAGUUGGGAUCGAUUGAGAGAUCUUCUCUUGAGGCUCCUUUUUCAGAGGAAGAAAUAAAGGAGGCGGUGUGGAGUUGUGAUGGAUUGAAGAGUCCGGGCCCGGAUGGUUUCUCUUUUCAUUUUAUUAAGAAUUGUUAG